AUGGGAGCCGGAUUCUCUCUUUGCUUACAACCUUCCGAUAGCUUCCGGCCAUCUGAUGUCGAGUCCAAACUCAACGAUUCACCAGACACAGAGAACAGAAGCCAAAAUGAAAAGGACUCGUUGCCCAGUUUCACCGAGUUCAGCUUGGACCAACUGAAAGCUGCCACUUUAGGAUUCUUGUCGGGAAAUGUUGUAUCUGAGGGUGGAGAGGGAGCUUCCAGUGUGGUGUACAAAGGGAAGCUGGAAAAUGGCCUUUUGGUGGCUGUUAAGCGCUUCAACCAAUCUGAUUGGCCUGAUUGCGGCCAAUUUCUUGCGGAAGCUAGAGCUGUGGGGCAGCUGAGGAGCAAGCGCUUAACAAAUUUGAUAGGGUGUUGCUUCGAAGGCGAUGAGAGAUUGCUUUCUGAUCUUACUGUUAAAUUUGGCUUACUUCGAUGUGCUGGAAUGUGUCUGAAGAAGGUGGGGUUUGUCUGCAGCAAAGGGCAGACAUUAUACCAUGAUCUCAGUGCUUCCAGAAUCCUGUUCGUUCCGGAUUCAAAUCCUAGGCUCUCCUGCUUUGGCCUUUUCAAGAAUAGCAAGGAUGGCAAGAGCAAUAAUAUUACCAACCUGGAUUUUGCUCCUCCAGAAUACUUGACGACAAGUUCUCCUGCUUUGGUCUUGUCAAGAAUAGCCAGGAUGUCAAGAGCUAUACUACCAACCUGCUUGUCUACCCUCCAGAAAACUCUUAGACAGGCACUUGACCUCAUACGCGGUAAAAAUGUUAAGAGGCUGAUGGAUCCAUACUUGGAAGCCCAGUUCUCAAAUGACGAUGUAACUAAGUUAGUGCAGUUGGCUUCACAGUGUUUGCAGCAUGAACCUCUUGAGAGGCCAAAUGCCAAGUUUCUUUUGACUGCCCUCAUUCCUCUUCAGAAAGAAACUGAGCUAUCAUCUGUGUGGUUUGUAUAUGCAGCAGGUUCCAUCAUACGUUCUGAUGGCUCUCUGUCUCUCUCUCUCUACGACUUGCUUCAUCAUCCAUUAAUGGGAACGAGAUUCUGUCUUUGCUUCCGCCCAUCCAAUAACAUAUCCGACCUCAAUGACUCGGCAGACAUAGAGGCUGGGAACGAAAACGAGAAGUACUGGCUGCCUAAGUUCAGCUUGGACAAACUAAGAGCUGCCACGUCAGGAUUCUCGUCCCAUAAUGUUGUCUCUGAGCAUGGAGAGAAAGGUCCCAAUGUGGUCUACAAAGGGAAGCUGGAAGACGGCCGUUUGAUCGCCGUUAAGCGCUACACCCUCUCCGCUUGGCCCGAUUCCGGCCCAUUUCUUGAGGAAGCUGGAGUUGUGGGGAGGCUAAGCAACGAGCAUUUGGUGAAUUUGAUCGGGUUUUGCGUUGAGGACGAUGAGAGAUUCCUUGUGGCUGAGUUCAUGCCAAAUGCAACUCUCUUUAAGCACCUUUUCCAGUGGGAGACACAGCCGAUGACAUGGGCAAUGAGGUUGAGAGUGGCUUUGUAUGUGGCACAAGCUUUAGACUGCUGCAGCAGCAAAGGGGAGGCACUAUACCAUGAUCUCAAUGCUUAUAAAGUCAUGUUUGAUCAGGAUGGAAAUCCCAGACUCUCUUGCUUUGGCCUUAUCAAGAAUAGCACAGAUGGCAAGAGCUAUACCAACUUGGCUUUCGCCCCUCCAGAGUUCUUGAGGACAGGAAGAGUGAUACCAGAAAGUAUGGUUUACAGCUUUGGGACCCUGUUGCUUAAUCUGCUCAGUGGCAGACAUAUCCCUCCAAGCCAUGCACUUGAUCUCAUACGUGACAAGAAUUUUUUGAUGCUGAUGGACUCAUGUUUGGAAGGUCAUUUCUCAAAUGAUGACGGUACCGAGCUGGUACAGUUAGCCUCCAAAUGUUUGCAGUAUGAACCUCAUAACAGGCCAAAUUUCAAGUAUAUUGUGAGUGCACUUGUUCCUCUUCAAGAACAAACUGAGGUUCCAUCAUACGUUUUGAUGGGUGUUCCACAUGGAAAUAUUCCUCCAAAGCAGACAGUGUUGUCACCUCUAGGUGAAGCUUGCUCGAGAUUAGAUCUUGCUAGAAUACAUGAAAUAUUGCUGAUGAUUGGAUACAAGGAAGAUGAGGGGGCUCAAACUGAACUUUCUUUCCAAGUGUGGACAGACCAAAUGCAGGAAAGAUUGAACUUUAAGAAACAGGGGGAUGCUGCAUUUCAAGCAAAAGAAUUUGCUAGUGCCAUAGAAUUUUACACAGAAUUCAUUGAUCGUGGGAGCAUUGAAUCAGGAACGUUGUUUGCUAGACGGUGCUUGUGUUACUUGAUGAGUGAUAUGGCACAAGAAGCUCUUGGAGAUGCUAUGCAGGCUCUUGUACAAGACCCUGAAUGGCCAACUGCCUUAUAUCUCCAAGCAGCUGCCCUGAAGAGCCUAGGAUUGAACAAUGACGCUGAGCAAACCCUAAAAGAUGGCUCAUCCUUGGAAGUCAAGAAAAACAUAAAAUAUGAAAGUGUAACAAAAUCUUAA